GGCAACGCAGAGGCCCUGGUCGCGCUGUUGGUGCUCGCCACCCUGUACUUCGUGGAGGGGGGCAGCGUAGGGAAGGCCGCGGUCUGCUACGGCCUGGCUGUGCACAUGAAAAUAUACCCGCUCACCUACGCGCUGCCCGUGGCGCUCCACCUGCAGAGCAAGCGGCGCGGCGGAGAGGGGGCAGGGGGUACGGGGUGUGACACAGAGGCAAAGCGUACCUUCGUAGUGUACCUCUGGCGGCUGUUUGUAAAGAUGCCGAACCGGGAUGUGCUACUUUUUGGAACGGUUGCUGGAUCUGUGCUGGCUGCCUUGACUGUUGCAUUUUAUCACCUCUAUGGCUGGGAAUUUUUGGAGCAUGCCUACCUCUACCACCUGACCAGGAGGGACAUCCGUCAUAACUUCUCUCCCUAUUUCUACGUGUUGUACUUAACAGCAGAGAGCAAAUGGAGUUUUGCCCUUGGGCUCGCAGCUUUCCUACCCCAGCUGCUAUUGCUCCUAGUUGUGUCCAUAGCGUUUUACAGAGACCUUGCCUUCAGUUGUUUCCUCCAUACUGCUAUUUUUGUGAGUUUUAACAAAGUAUGCACAUCCCAGUACUUUGUCUGGUAUCUUUGCCUUUUGCCCCUCGUAAUGCCUAGUGUUAAGAUGUCCUGGCGUCGUGGCGUGCUGCUUCUCUUCCUGUGGUUUGUUGGACAAGGCCUGUGGCUCACUCCUGCAUACUUUCUGGAGUUCAAAGGACAUAACACUUUCUUACUUAUAUGGUUGUCAGGCUUGCUUUUCCUUUUUAUUAAUAGCUUCAUAAUUGUUCAGAUUAUUUUGCAUUAUCAAAAAGAAGCACAUGUUGCAAGGAAACUCAAACAACAGUAA